AUGGGUGUUAAAGUUUUAGCUUUAAUAGUACUCUUAGUUGUUAGUGUACUUGGACAAGACGUUACAGUUAGUGACAACGAUGUUACAAAGGAAGUUGUGGUGGACAAUUUAGUUAGUGAAGACACAAUAGUAUUAGACACAGUUACAGAGGCCACAAAAAAUGAAGUUGUUGAAGAAGAGAACCCAGUGGAAAUACUAAGUGCUACGGAUGAUCUGCAAGUAAGGAGCGGGAAAUAUCAGCUCAAUGAUGGGCUCGUCGGUGAAGAACCGAUGCCACUAGAUGCUGUUAAUUUCGACUCGAAUAAUAAUGCAGGAGAGAGUGAAAAGCAGUUACUCUCUCCAGGCACAACUCAAGUCACGAACAAUGAGUAUGCUCAUAUCGAUGGCAGAGUUUUACCCGACACCAGCUACCAGAACAAUGGCCAGCCCUACGUCAUCACGGCUGCUCGAUUGGCUCAGAUCAGAGGAAACUUCAUGUACUGGUUCUACGAUUUGGGAGGUAACGAGAACCAUGGAGACUACCAAAGGGACAUCCACGGCUCCACUCCACAGAUCCAUAAGAACUUCAACUUCCAGUUGCCGUUCUUCGGAUUUAGAUUCAAUUACACUAGGUUAUCCAUGAACGGCUACAUCUACUUCAGUGACCCUCCAGACCACUACACAUAUCCUCUCUCCUUCCCCAUGAGAGACUGGCCCAACGUGAACGACCCUUCGUUUAUCGGUAUCUUCUUCAGCAAGUGUCGUAUCGGUAGUCUGAAUCAGGACGACCCUGAUCAAAGAAGACCUGGAGUCUACUUCAGAAUGGACAGAGAUUUGCAGACUCGUACAGAUCAGCUGGGUGUGGAGAUGAGAGAGCGUCUGACGUGGGACAUCCGUGAGGGUGUGAUCGGUUCUGAGACCUUCUUCCCCAAACACGCCAUCACCAUCACCUGGAAGAAUAUGUCCUUCUCUGGAGGAAUUGACAACUCUCUGUUCAGGACAAACACAUUCCAAAUGGUGCUCGCGACUGAUGAAGUGUUCACGUAUGCAAUUUUCAACUAUUUGGAGAUCAACUGGAGUUCUCACACGGAGGCUGGAGGUGAUACCACCACAGGAGAAGGUGGAACACCUGCUUAUAUCGGAUUUAACGCUGGUAACGGAACUCAAAGCUAUGAAUACAAACCAUACUCACAAGCGUCUGUGCUUCGAGAUCUGACGGGCAGAGGAUGGGCCAACGGUUUCCCUGGACGACACAUAUUCAGGAUAGACGAAAAGAUACUUAUGGGAACUUGCAAUAAGGAUAUUGAUGGAGCAAAUCUUCCUUUGAUGUUCGCUCCUGAGAGCGGUAACAUGUUGGGAGGUACUAUCGUCAACAUCACAGGUCCUUGCUUUAACCCUACCGACAGAAUCACUUGCCGUUUCGAUACGGAAUCCGUCAUAGGCGCCGUAGUAGACUCCAACAGAGCUAUCUGCGUUCAGCCUAGAUUCUGGCACAAUGGAUACGCGAGAUUUGAGAUCGCCAUCAACAACGAACCUUAUAAAUGGAAAGGAAAAUACUUCGUCGAAACCCCAGCAACGGCUGCAGAAAAGAUAUUCUUUACUGACAACUCAGUCCACGAGAGGUAUCCACCAGAGAUAAGAAUAACUUGGGACCGUUUCAAUUUGACCUCGAACCUCAAUGUUCAACUUCAGAUCAGCUUAUGGGGCUACAAAGAAAUUACAAUUAGACCUCAACUGGAAUACAUAGAUAUUAUCGAAUUGGGCGUGGCUAAUACUGGAGAAUAUGUCAUCAAUCCUCAAAACUUUAGGAACAGGGACAACUUCAUGCACAAUGACAUGCAGUUUGGUUUCCUUCAGAUUAAUCUUACAACGCCUGAAGUCUUCAAAGGAGUCUCAAUCUCACCUGUACUUUGGAGUCGUCCCAUACCAUUGGGUUGGUAUUUCGCUCCACAAUGGGAAAGACUGCACGGUUCACGUUGGCCCAAUGCUCUUUGCAACAACUGGUUACGAACGGAUCGUUUCUUGAAGAACUUUGCUUCUCAAGUGUGGGUCUGUCCUUGCACAUUGGAACACGCCUUACUGGACAAGGGAAGGUUUAUGCCUGACUUGGAUUGUGACAAAGAUACGAACCCUACCUGUAGGUACCAUUGGGGAGGUAUACACUGCGUCAGGAGUGGAGCACCCAGUGCGGAAGGUUCUGGCCAGCAGUGCUGCUACGACAAGAACGGUUUCCUCAUGUUGUCCUACGAUCAGAUGUGGGGAUCUCGACCUUCAAGGGCACACGACUUCGGAUUCACUCCUUACAACGAGGCCAACAAGGUUCCAUCUUUAUCCCAUUGGUUCCACGAUAUGAUUCCAUUCUACCAAUGUUGCUUGUGGCAAGAGGAACAGGCUGUUGGCUGUGAAACAUUCAGAUUUGAACGUCGACCCUCGCAAGACUGUGUGGCGUACCAAUCUCCAGGAGUCGCAGGAAUAUUCGGAGACCCACACAUCGUCACUUUCGAUGAUUUGCAAUACACUUUCAACGGAAAAGGUGAAUACGUACUGGUAAGAGUGGAUCAUCCACAAUUGAAGUUGGACGUCCAGGGUAGGUUCGAGCAAGUAUCUCGCAACAUCCACGGUCAGGUCAACGCUACACAUCUGACAUCCGUUGUCGCUGCUUCUAACAACUCAGUACCUAUUGAGGUACGUCUACGUCCCCAACACGCACAAUGGAGGUACCGACUGGAUGUGUUCGCUGACAACAAGAGGGUUUACUUCGAUAGGCCUGCUCUCCGAGUUCAAUACUUCCCAGGUGUAACAGUCUACCAGCCGAUGUACUUGCUGAACCAGUCAGAGAUUGUGAUCAUGUUCUCGUCGGGCGCUGGUAUCGAAGUGGUGGAGAACAAAGGGUUCAUGUCUGCUAGAGUCUACCUACCAUGGACGUAUAUGAAUCAAACGCGUGGUCUAUUUGGCAAUUGGUCGCUGGACAUAAACGAUGACUUCACGCGACCUGACGGCACAAGAGUCAACGUGGACCUCAACAACUUCCAGACUGCACACAGGGACUUCGCUCAACACUGGCAACUAACCGACAGAGAGCAACGAGACAUAGGAGUGGCGAUGUUCUACCGAGAAUAUGGUAGAACUGCAGCUUACUAUAACGAUAACCAAUUCGUUCCGAACUUUAUAAGGGAGCCGGCAGACUUCCUCCCUGCUAAUAGAUCGCAGGACGUGGCCAGGGCGAUAGAAAUCUGCCAGGACUCCUACCAAUGUCGAUACGAUUACGGUAUGACGCUCAACAGAGAUAUGGCUGAGUUCACCAAGAAUUAUUUGUCUUCCAUUACGAACAUAAAGGAGCAGAACGCUCGUCGAGUGAUCAGCUGUGGUAUUUUGGAAACUCCUCGAUUCGGAAGAAAGAGUAACUUCUUCUUCACACCAGGCACAAGGGUGAACUUCGAAUGUAACCAAGACUUCAUUCUGAUUGGUGACAAGCGACGAGUGUGUGAGGACAACGGACGGUGGAACCUUCCAGACUAUGGAUACACCGAGUGUCUACGUAACCAAGAGUACUCUCAGCGCGCACUGUUCUUGACCUGGGGCGUCAUAUUGGCAGUUAUUCUACCGUUAGGCCUGUUGAUUUGCCUACUGUGGUUCUGGUGCUGGUACAAGCCCCGCUCCGAAGGCAAAGACGGAUUCCGAUUCGAAGACAUACCGCGAUCAAAAUCUGCUUCCAGACUAAACCUAAGAUCAGCUUCGAUGGGAAAUCUUACGGACACUAUGAAAUCUUCCACUUUACGUAGCACAGAUUCUGAUAAAAAGGCCAAAUUACCGGAAACUCCCACUGAGGAGACCCCAAUGACUAGAUCUGCUCCAUUAACUAGGGCCGCUCCACCUCCCCCACAAGAUGGUGAUAGCUCAGGCAUAGGGUACCCAGAUUCCAAUAAGAGUGACUCCAAUAAAUCUGACAAAUCUAAUAAAAAGCGUAGGGCCUAUGACAAGACUUAUCGAACUAACGAACCUAUCCCGAAUGCUCCUAACGAGGAGUUCCCUGAAAAACUUUGGGAUCUAUCUGAAGAAGACUUACUUUCUAUAACAUCUCCUUCAGAUACCGAAUCAAACAGAGAUUCAACUUUAACUCGCCCGGCAAAAGAUAUAGAAUACGUUGGCAGACCACGUCAACUCGGUCGCAGGGCGUUGCCCAGUGACUCAGGUUAUUCUACAAAGGAUUCUGAAGAUCCAUACUCUCCUAAAUACGAGGGUCAAUACAGCCCCAUACCUUCUACGUAUUCUCCAACUUACUCCGAAAUAUAUUCCCCACCGAUCAGUCCUACCUCAGACAGUCCGAGGAGCACUUUCAACAACCCUGGCUUGCCGGACCCUCCAAAGAGUGCUCCUGCAGACUCUAUACAGACAUUCACUAUGCCCGCACAGAAGGGCAAGUCCUUGGAGACUCUGAUAGACCCACCCAUUUCCGAAAUGCCCACAAUGAGCCCUCGCUCUACUAUGGUCUGA